AUGUGCCAUAAAAAUCAUCGAACACUACGGCGGCGCAUCGGGAUCCACACCAAGUUCCAGCACCUGGCCCUGCUGCUUCUCGUGCUUGCCGCCAUCGGUAUUUGGGACAGUGCGUGGGCCCACGAGUUCAGCAUCGGACCGUGCCAGUUUCAGUACAUGGAACCGUGCACCUCGAAAACGAUCGCGUUCUACAUUUUCUCCAGCGAGCACCCGAAGGAUGGGCCGAUACUGCUCGAUCCGAUCGAUCCGCACGUGCCGGCGCACAUUUCCCUUAACCGAACGAACAAGCUGAUCGUGCACGGUUACGGUGGAAGCAUCGAUUUCAACGCCACCAAAAUGAUCCGCAAAGCAUAUCUGCGGAAGCCGGAGACGAACGUGUUCAUCGUCGACUGGGGGAAGCUGGCCCGGCUGCCCUGCUAUCCGACGGCCGCCUUCAACACCAAGCAGGCCGGCGAGUGUACGGCCACCUUCCUGAUCGGGCUGCAGGCGAACCAUCCGGAGUUUAGCACCCGCGACCUGCACGCCAUCGGCUUCAGUCUCGGGGCGCACGUUCUCAGCUUCACCAGCAACGCGCUGGAGAAAUCGAUUGGCUUCAAGUUCCGUCGGAUCACAGGUCUCGAUCCAGCGUUGCCAUUCUUUGCCACGGCCCGUGCGCACUGGAAGCUGGACCAGGGCGAUGCGGACUUUGUCGACGUGAUCCACACGAAUGCGGGCGUGUACGGGAAGAUUGAGACGUGCGGGCACGUGGACUUCUACAUGAACGGGGGCCAGAAUCAACCGGGCUGCGAGAAUCAUCCAAAUCAACCCCUGUGCAGCCACAAGAUGUCGGCCGCCUUCUUUGCGGAAUCGAUCAACAGCAAGCAAGGGUUCUGGGCGACGCGCUGCUCGAGCUACUUUUCCUACUUUUUCGGCUUCUGUAAGUAUCGCGUGGAGCAGCAGCAACAGUCCCAGCAGUCCCUUCUUGCCGAGGAAUCCGGCAGCCGCCAGGAAGAGGAACCGUCGAACGCGGUGGCCUUUGGCGAAAACCUCAACAAUGAGCACGAUAGCAACCGCAUACUGAUGGGCGAGUACUGUUCGAAUACCGUCGAGGGUGUGUACUUUGUGCAGACGAACCGAGAACCUCCCUUUGCGAUGGGCUUCUGA